AAAAACUUCAUGUUUCUCCGAAAUGGCCAUAGUCGGAAGCGGAGGCCAGAGGCAGUGGGCACGGGUCAGUUUUCUUUCUGUUUUAUUACCUUAGACUCCAGGAGGAUGGGCUGAGCCUGGUGACAUAAUGGAGUCUGCCUGGAGAAGCCCCUCCGAGGCUCCUGUGUAAUCCUUUAAUUGGUUGCAUGAAUGCAGGGCCAAAGGGGUAGGUUUUGGGGGACUGGGGAGCAAGGUGGAAGGCCAGGUAGCCCCAGUCCCAGCUCUGCCCUGAGGGAGUAUGAGGUGAGGUCAGAGGGUGCUCAGUGAGGGGGACUCACUGGUCAGGGACUGCCAUGUGGGAAAAAGCCAGUUGGGAAGAAGGAGUGCAGGGUCCUUUGGAGACUAUCUGGGUGAGGUGAGGGUGCCAUCCGCGGCUUCCAAGCCCACCCCUCAGCUGCAGCAGCUGGGGGGGGGGGCUGUGGGUGGCAGUCUUCCCAUACCUGCGAGAGGGGCUUUGGCCAGAAAUGCUCCAGUCUAGGCACUCACAGAAAGCUUGGCAGUUACUCAUUGCCUGAUUCGAUUCAGGCUAGCCAGCUUGUUGUAACUUUUGGGUGACCCUGACGAAGACAAAGCCAGGACUCGGCCUUUGUAUGGCAGAGUCCCUGUUCCCGCGGGCGGGAGCCCUGCCUGCCUGGGGUACUCUGCCUAAGUCCAGGGCUGCCUCACCCACCCUCCUGGUGGUAUUCUGCAGCCUGACAAAUUUGGGCUUUCAUCCCCCUCCUUGAACUGUACCCAUUUUGGGGGGCUGUUUUCAGGCGGGUGGCGGCAGUGGAGAGGGCACUCCAGGUUAACAAAGUCAGUGGCAGACAAAAGCUGGGAUUACCUGCCAAGAAGGAGGGUUCUGGGGACUCUAGAACUACAUUAACAUCUGGUGGGGGCCUUCGAAUGUGCCAUGGCGAGUCACUUGAUUACACGUAUGUUAUUUAGUUAAAUUUGUGAAAAUUAUGAGAUGCUCACCAACCCGGUGAUAAACUCGCUCCCUCGCUAUUGGCUGGCCUGGUCACAUGGCCGCCAACUUUAUUCAGUUGACAGCAAGUAGGAGGGCCCUAUGGAAGGAGAAAAAAAGACAACACGAGAAAAAUUAGUAUUUUCUACCUUCUGAAAUUAAUGGCCAUGAGUUCGUAUAUGGUGAACUCCAAGUAUGUGGACCCCAAGUUCCCUCCGUGCGAGGAGUAUUUGCAGGGCGGCUACCUAGGCGAGCAGGGCGCCGACUAUUACGGCGGUGGCGUGCAGGGUGCAGACUUCCAGCCCCCGGGGCUCUACCCACGGCCCGACUUCGGUGAGCAGACCUUCGGCGGCGGCGGUCCUGGGCCCGGUUCCGCGCUGCCACCACGGGGUCACGGGCAAGAAGCCAGUGGCCCCGGCGGCCACUACGGAGCCCCAGGAGAGCCGUGCCCCGCUCCCCCCGCGCCCCCGCCCGCGCCCCUGCCCAGCGCCCGGGCCUGCAGCCAGCCGGGCGGCCUCAAGCAGCCGCCCCCCGGGACGGCCCUCAAGCAGCCCGCCGUGGUCUACCCGUGGAUGAAGAAGGUGCACGUGAAUUCGGUGAACCCCAACUACACUGGCGGGGAGCCCAAGCGGUCCCGGACGGCCUACACCAGGCAGCAAGUCCUAGAACUGGAAAAGGAAUUUCAUUUUAACAGGUAUCUGACGCGGCGCCGUCGGAUUGAAAUUGCUCACACCCUGUGUCUGUCCGAGCGCCAGAUCAAGAUCUGGUUCCAGAACCGGAGGAUGAAGUGGAAAAAAGACCACAAGCUGCCCAACACCAAAGGCAGGUCCUCGUCCUCCUCCUCCUCUUCCUCCUCCUGCUCCUCCUCAGCUGCUCCGGGCCAGCAUUUGCAGCCGCUGGCCAAGGACCACCACACCGAUCUGACGACCUUAUAGAAGUGGGGAACCUGGGCCCAUUCCUCCCUGCGCUCCCGGCUGAGCCGAAGCUGCGGGGGCAGGCCGGGCUUGCUGUCACCUCCCUGGGCUUUAAGGUACUGUAGGGUGGACCUGGGACUCGCAGGCCGCCCUCGGACUAGGUUAGCAUCCUGCCCGAGGGCAGCCCCCUCCCUGGAGCGAGCGGAAUGGGGGUGGGAGGGGGGCGGGAUUCUCUAAGUACAUUAUCAUAUGGCAGGAGCUACUGAGAACAUAAACUUUGGCGAGUUAUUAAACUUAUGAAAAUCUCUGCUGUUGGAUUUUGAAUUUGCAAAUGAAGGUGAGAUACUUUAUCCCAGCGUGAAGUUGAACAUCCUCCCCCACCCCACCCCUCCAGGGAUCUUUGUGGUUUAAUAACGUGGGGGAGUUGAGGCAGGAGCUUGACCGCCCCCCCCCCCACCGUGCUCUAGGUGCUUUCAGUGGAAACAGGAGAGGUGGGCCAGGAUUUUGGGAACUUUCUGUUGGUUAUCUGUAUAAUUUCCAGUGUGAAAAAAAAGUAUUUUGCUCCCAGUGGCCCCAUGCCCAAAGAAAUGAGUCUAAGAAGAAAGUGGAAACGGGUUAUUUUAUGUUUAGAUUAUAUUUGCUUAAAUAUUUAUUUGUUGGGGGAUGGAUGGGGAACAGAAAUAACUGACAUCUUAAUGCCAAAAAUCUUAAGAAGGUGAAAGGGGCUGAGUUUCAGGGAGAAGAAUCAGAGAUGUGUGGACUAACUUCUGGCUGUAAGCAUUAUUUUGAACUCCACCCCCUCCCCACUCCCCGGAAAUGUGUGUAGGGGGCCCUUAACCCUUUUAGAGGGAAGGAAAGGGUCCACUCAAAGUUGAGUUCUUGAAAAUAUAUUUCCACAUGUGCUUUUUUCAGCACUGUGCUUACAACUAGUUCUGGGUGAUUAAAGAAAAGGGGAAAGAAAGAAACAAAUGGUCCAACAUUUUCCUUCUGGGGAAAGAAAACAAAUCCUUUAUGUUCUGGGUCAUUAGAUAAUGACUGAAUUUUCUGUUCCAACUGGAUUCCAAAUGCUGGAUUCCAAAUAACCCAUAUAGCAGUUUUUUAAAAUAGGAAUUGGUGUACGGCCUAUAUGGGAGAGGGGGUAUGUAGUGGGGAGGAAUUGGGAAAGUAGGGGAAAUCUUGCUUUAAAAAAGAGACAGAAAACUAAUUGAAUCUAGAAGUCCACAAAAGUUGGUCUUAGGGUUUUUUUUUUUUUCCUGAAGUUUUUAUUUUUUAAACAAAUGUAAGGAAGUUUUUCCUCAACAUAUUAAUUAGAAGCAGAAAUGGUCAAAGUAUAAAAGUUUCAGGCCCUCUUCCUUGCCUUAAAGAAUAGUGGUUUAAGAACAAUCACUCUCAAACAACAGGAGUGAUGUUCUUCAGUCAUUUUUCUUAUGCCUUGCCUGAGAAGGGUUCAAAGCUCAUUUUUCUAAAAUGCUGACCCUUAAGGAUAAGGGGGAAAGAGUCAAAGGUAAUGGCCAGAGUUCAUAUACUCAAAUGAAACAAGACUUUGGAAGUUUAAACCCCAAAGCCUCAGGCUCCAAAAAGAAACCCUCUGGUUGUAGCUACGAAAAAGUGGCAAAAGGGGCUGGGGGGAGAAGGAUGAGCUUGAAAGAGAGAUUCAAACCUGGAGCUAUUUUUUUCAGUGCUUCAAAAUGCUUCAGAAGGUUCCGAGAUAAUUUUUUAAAAAUAUAUUUAGGUGGAGGGAGAAAAAAAAAGACUUUUUCUGCACGCAUGUUCUUUGGUGUCUCCUGAGAACUGAGAGCAGGUAUUCACUGAGUCCCUAGGCUGAAAUUCCACUUCUCUAAAGUAUCUUCCAAGCCUUGGUCUUUUGUAUUAGACCCUGGGGACAGCUCUUUGUUCCUCCUUGGGGUGAGCCUGGCUCUCAGACUUGCACAUGGCAAUACUUGAAUAUCGCCACGUCGGGAUAUUAAAGAUGGAUAUUCCUGCAUUAUUCGCAUCAUUGUUUCUAUGACAAAAAGCAAAGAGUUCAUACAUAGUCAAGACGUCUUUUUUCUGACGCCCUCACGUUGAGAAGCUGAAAAGGUAUUUUACUGAAGUUCGGCUAAAUUACAGAAUCAGGUUCAUCCAGAGGACAAAUUUUCUAUUCGAUUAGCUGUAUUUCAGCCGGGAGGACUGACCUCUAAACCCUUAACCUUUUGGACUCUAACUACCCUUCUCUUCUUUUUUUCUCCCUCUAACAUGGAGAGCAGUCUUUGGAUGUAGCAUUUGAAAAGAGCCGCUAUGGUUAGGCAAGUUGGAAAGUUGCUAAGAUUCUUUCCUAAAGCCCAAAUCUGUGAAUAUAUUGAACCUUCUCCUUGGGAGGGGGAAAAAGAAUAUAUUUUCACAACACCAAUCUACAUAUAUAUUAUAAAGAUUAUUAUAUAGAUUUCCCCCUUCCCAGAAGUUCAGGUUAUUCACUCCAGCUUUAGACCAAAUGCCAAAACUGCAUAGCUGCCCUCACUCAAACCCCACAGGAAAGCCAAGAGGCAUGUUUUGAUGAAGAAAACCCAAGCUUCUUCUCAAAUGUAGCCCCACUACUUUGAAAAGUAACUUAGUCAGAGAAACAACUUCUUUGUUUAUAAGUCUCAGUUCUCCUCAGUUUCCAGGGAUUGUCUUUUGAAAUGUUAAUGGAGCCUGGAUGGCCCAGGGGGCAGCCCUCAACCUUGUGGUCCCAAUUGGACCCCAGCGUCCAUUUGGGCCCACAGGAGUGGGGCAGGGAAGAAGCAGUGCCUCCCCUGCAACCACCACCACCCAGGGCAGGGAAGGAAAUGAGUUUCCAUCUGGGAACGUACUCUGGAGAAACCUAGAUGUGGAAAGGCGCAGUGCCCAUUUGCUUUUAUUUGUUUCCAGUUUGUUCCCCCAAAUAUGAGCCAGAAGUGUUUGUUUUGGUUUUUUUUUUUUUUUUUAAACUGUGUUGGGGUCGUGACUGGGGAGGAGUGAAGUGUUUACUGAGGACAUUGCUCCUCAGACUCCCAUCUCACUUUGUCCAUUGCAGCCUUUUGUUGGGAGAUGACAUUGUCAGUCAGCCCCAUGGUGUCUGUUCACACAAGAUGCUUUUUUAAUAGAAUUGACCACUGUUCUGCUGCCACUGAUUAAAGUAUUAUUUAUACUAAUUGUUGCCUGUAGUUUUGAUGUAAUUCAUUGAUCUAUAUUUGAAAUAAUAAAAGGUGUAGCGAAACUUC